ACUGUCCUUGAAGGCAGCGUGCUUCCAUCAGGACCCUGUUUCCUCCUCCCCUGUCUUCUUCACCUUCUUCACCCUACCGCAGGCUGGAAACCAAGCUAACCCCCCUGAAUAAGAGAGAAGGCUCACUUAUCACCCACCGCUUCAGUACAAUCAGUAAAAAACAGCUAUGAAGUUAUCUAUAAUUCGCAGUGCUUGCGGCAGCCUCCGGAUACAUCCAGCCCGUUCAGGAAGCAGGGUCAGCGGCUUGUCGAGAAGAUGCCUCCCGGUCGGACCCUCCAACAGCCAGAUGAUCCUCCGGACAGCCAGCGCCACGACCAGCGGAGGCACCAACCCCAAAAUAGCCCUCCGCUUCGGGGAACAAUCGCAGCCGGACGAUGUGUUUGAAUUCGACAGUUCUUUGAGGUUAGAAAGAAAUGUGAUAGUGGUUCAGAGCACCAAGGAGGCAAUCGGGGCUCUGCAGAGAAGAAAUCCAGCCAUCCAUCCAUUGUUAGCUAUUGUACAGGCAGGUGAAGAUGACAGCUUGUUGGAGAUCAAUAAGAAAAUGGCCGGCAGGAUUGGUUUAAACAUCACUCAGAUUUGUCUGGCGAAGGAUUGCAGUGAGGAUGAAAUUAUAGAGGAGGUGUUGAAGCUGAAUGAAGAUCCCAGGGUGCACGGGGUCUACCUCCACCUCCCCCCUGCUUCACUCACGAGUCGAGUGCUGAAUACACUAAAGCCUGAGAAGGAUGUAGACGGGAUAACAGAUUUGAAUAUGGGCCGUCUUGUUCGAGGAGACCUGAGCAAAGGCUUUGUGCCCCCUUUGGCCAGUGCUGUGCUGGAUCUGCUGGAGAAACAUGAUGCUUCUUUAGAUGGGAAAACGGUGCUGCUGGUUGGAGAGGAAGGACCCCUUGGCGUGGCCCUGCAGUGCCUGAUUGAAAGAAGUGGUAUGGAAGUUAUCAAGAGCCAGUGGAGCUCCAAAAGCCUGCAGAGACAGGUAAUGCAGGCUGAUGCUGUGGUGCUGUUAGGGGCAGGGAAUGUGGAUGUCCCACCUGCUUGGGUGAGACCAGGAGCUGCUGUCAUCCGCUGUGAGACAGAUGAUGCCAUCGAGAUGCUGUCAAAGUCUGAGUCAGGAAACCUAACAGCGGCUUACAGAACUCAGAAUGUGGUGCGUGGUUGUAGUCGUUGGCUUCAAGAUCAGCAGUACCAAGCUUGGUGUCUGCGCAGCCUCAAACUGCAGCCCCUGACCCCUGUACCGAGCGACAUAGAGAUCUCCAGAGCUCAGACGCCCAAACCGGUGAACCAGCUUGCUGAGGAAAUUGGAUUGCUGCCUGAGGAGCUUGAAGCUUACGGCAGGAACAAAGCUAAAGUCCAACUCUCUCUGUUAGACCGCCUCCACACACAGCCGGAUGGGAAAUAUGUACUAGUUGCUGGUAUAACUCCGACCCCUCUGGGUGAAGGUAAAAGCACGGUGACCAUCGGCCUUGUCCAGGCUCUGUCUGCACACCUGAAGCUGAACUCAUUCGCCUGCCUCCGCCAGCCCUCUCAGGGACCCACCUUUGGGGUUAAAGGGGGAGCUGCAGGAGGAGGAUAUGCCCAGGUCAUACCGAUGGAGGAGUUCAACCUCCAUCUGACUGGUGACAUUCAUGCCAUCACAGCAGCCAAUAACCUGGUGGCAGCAGCCGUGGAUGCCAGGAUGCUCCAUGAGGCGACGCAAUCAGACAAGGCUCUGUUCAACAGACUGGUCCCAUCAGUGAAUGGAGUGAGGAGAUUUUCCCCAAUUCAAAUCUCCAGGCUAAACCGUCUGGGGAUCAAUAAAACAGACCCUGCAUCACUUACAACUGAAGAGGUCAGCACCUUUGUCCGUCUCGACCUGGACCCUUCCAAGAUCACCUGGCAGAGAGUUGUCGACACCAACGACCGUUUCUUGAGGAAGAUCACGGUGGGACAGGCGAGCACUGAGAAAGGACAGAUCAGAGAGACUGGUUUCGACAUCGCCGUGGCCAGCGAGAUCAUGGCCAUCCUGGCUCUGGCAGACAGCCUGGAGGACAUGAAAAACAGACUGGCGCGCAUGGUGGUGGGGACCAGCCGCUCUGGACAGCCUGUCACCGCUGAGGACCUGGGUGUGAGUGGAGCUCUUGCCGUGUUAAUGAAAGACGCCAUCAAGCCAACAUUAAUGCAGACCCUGGAGGGUACGCCAGUGUUUGUCCACGCUGGGCCCUUCGCCAACAUCGCCCAUGGCAACUCCUCGGUGCUGGCAGACAAGUUAGCUUUGAAGUUGGUCGGACGGGACGGCUUUGUGGUGACAGAAGCUGGUUUCGGCGCAGACAUCGGGAUGGAGAAGUUCUUCAACAUCAAAUGUCGAGCUUCAGGGCUGAGACCGAACGUGGUGGUGCUGGUCGCCACUGUCCGAGCGUUGAAGAUGCACGGCGGCGGACCCAAUGUGUCAGCAGGCGCUCCUCUUCCCAGAGAGUACAUUGAUGAGAAUCUGAGUCUGGUUUCAGGCGGUUGCCACAGCAAUCUCAGGAAGCAGAUCCAAAUUGCGCACCAGUUUGGGGUACCAGUUGUGGUGGCACUCAAUGUCUUCAAGACUGACACCCAGGCAGAAAUCGACCUCGUGUGUCAGAUAGCCAAAGAGUGCGGCGCAUCAGACGCCGUGCCAUGUCACCACUGGGCGCAGGGUGGGCGAGGUUCAAUAGAGCUCGCUCAGGCCGUGAACGAGGCCGCCAGCAAACCCAGCGACUUCCAAUUCCUCUACGACAUACAGAUGCCCAUAGUGGAGAAGAUCAGAACAAUCGCCCAGAGAGUGUAUGGAGCUGAUGACAUCGAGCUGUCUCCUGAGGCCGAGGCCAAGAUCGAUUACUACAAUCAACAGGGUUACAUUUCAUUGCCCAUCUGCAUGGCGAAGACUCACCUGUCUCUGUCGCACAUGCCUGACAAGAAAGGUGUUCCCACUGGAUUCGUCCUGCCAAUCAGAGAUGUCCGUGCCAGUAUCGGGGCUGGUUUCAUCUACCCUCUUGUGGGAACGAUGAGCACCAUGCCCGGUCUGCCCACCCGCCCCUGCUUCUACGACAUCGACCUCGACCCGGUCACAGAGGAGAUCACUGGACUCUUCUGAGCCUGCUCGGGGUCAAAGACAUCCACACAGGAUCUUCAGCUCUACGUGGACACCUUUCUACUCUCCACACAUCACAUUAAUGUUCUGGAAAAUGAAACCUCACUGAAGCCUUAGCUUAAUGCUGUAUUUGCACAUCAGCGUGAGAAGCCAAAGAUGACCUCCUACAGCCUUAUUGUGUGUAUCUUAUAUGCUGUGUGUGCACGCUUUCAACCUCUCUGUGCCAUUUUCUCUGUGUUUCCUGUUCUUCAAACCAUCUUGAAUUUGACUUCAUUGGUACUUAUCAUUCCCAUUAUUUCUUUCACAUGUGAAUAAAGUAACUCGUUAGUCUUAUAAUGAUGCUACAUCCUUUGCAUCCAUGUCCUAAUUAAGCUUUUUCAUUAAAAAGCUGGCAGCUUCUAUAUCUACUAACAUGUAUUAACUGAAUUGCUGUUGUACGCACAAAAAGCCACCGUGUUUAUAUAAAGUCCUGACCUGCUGGAUGCUGUUGCACUGCCUGAGUGUAAAUCACUACAAGUUACAUGAGUCAAACUUUUGAAUACAUUUUUUAAAACAUUGUUAAAGUGUUACAUUUUAUGUUCUCACAGUUGUACUUUAUAUUCAGCCUGGGUUUUAUUCAUUAGCACAUUUAUUUUCAUGACCUUAAUAUUAACCUCACACAGCUCAUUAAGUCUGAUAAAUGGCACCUCUUGCCUCCGUAUUUCAUACGGUACAGUUAUUUUACUCUGGAGGAAGCGUUCACCUUAAUAGAACCUCUUUGGGGGUUUUUACUCUCCUGUUGCAGCUCAUACAGUGUCAUAUUUUUUGUAGAGAGUGGGGGAAGACAUGCAGGAAUUGGUCGACCGGCCAGGAAUCGAACCGUCAACCCCUGCGACGAGGAGUGUAGCAUCUGUAUGUGGGGCGCUUAGACCGCUAGGCCACCAGCUCCCCAACCACGUGAUAAUCUUGUUUUGAUUAUCAAAUACAAACGUGAUUAUCACCCAGUGUCUGUGUGUCCUGACCCGUCACUUGAUGUGAUUAUUUCAUGACUGAAACACAAUUGAAUAACAGAAGCUAUUGUUUUAUCCGAGUGAUGAUAAGCUUUGUCAGACCAAGCUGUUCGCCAAAUUCAUUGUAACCAACGUGUAACUAAGGUAAAAGUUAUUUUUGUCUCUUUGUAUGUUUAACAUUUCAAUUUUCAGGGGUUUAAAAGCUUGUGCCUUUCAAAUAAACCUUUUUAUUUACUCCAAAA